UACUGGGGGGGGUUUGGGUUUGGUGUCGAUAGUGGUGCCGUUGGGAAAAACUCAUUUCAGGCAGCCUGCCCCUCGAUGCAUGUUGCAUAGUGAAACCUGAAUCCUUGGAAUUGGCUUCCUUUCGUGCAACGUCAUGAAAGGUGACACGGCACAGCAGAUGAAGGUGGAGGCCUCCAAUGGACACGGCACACCUCUGGACGUUGUGCUCAGUCCAGAGGAGGAGAUGACAGAAAGAGGUCAAUGGGGCAACAAGUUGGAGUUUAUCCUAUCUGUGGCCGGAGAAAUUAUCGGCCUGGGGAAUGUGUGGCGUUUUCCCUAUCUCUGUUACAAGAACGGAGGAGGUGCUUUCUUCAUCCCGUAUCUCAUCUUCCUGUUUACUUGUGGCAUUCCCGUCUUCUUCCUGGAGACGGCGCUGGGGCAAUACACCAGUGAAGGCGGCAUCACCUCCUGGCGGAAGAUCUGCCCUUUGUUUGAAGGAGUUGGUUAUGCCACUCAGGUGAUCGUAGCCCUGCUGAACAUCUACUACGUCAUCGUGCUAGCUUGGGCCAUCUUUUACCUGUCCAACUCUUUCACCUGGGACCUGCCGUGGGCCUCGUGCAACAACACCUGGAACACGGGUACGCGUCAGACAAUGCAACUUCCGAUUGUGCUGUCAGAAGUAAUGCAUUUGAAACUUUCUGCAAUUCUAGGUUCCUGUGUAACAUUUCAGAAGAAGAACAGCUCCAUCGUCCCCCACGAGAACGCUACCUCUUCGGUCAUUGAAUUCUGGGAACGCAGGGUGCUGAGAAUUUCCUCGGGGAUCGAUAACCUUGGAUCUUUAAACUGGGACUUGGUGAUCUGUCUGGCCGUUGCCUGGGUCAUUUGCUACUUCUGCAUCUGGAAGGGAGUCAAGUCCACCGGCAAGGUGGUUUACUUCACGGCCACAUUCCCCUAUGUGAUGUUAGUGAUCCUGUUGAUCCGAGGGGUCACCCUGCCAGGAGCGUCCCGGGGGAUCCACUUCUACCUCUACCCUGAUGUGGGGCGACUUUCCGACCCACAGGUGUGGAUGGACGCCGGCACUCAGAUCUUUUUCUCCUAUGCCAUCUGCCUGGGCUGCCUCACUGCACUGGGAAGUUAUAACAAGUAUAACAACAACUGCUACAAGGAUUGUUUGUCUCUGUGCUUCCUGAACAGCGGCACCAGUUUUGUCGCAGGCUUCGCCAUUUUCUCGAUUUUGGGAUUCAUGUCGUACGAACAGAACAUUCCCAUCUCCGAGGUGGCCGAAUCUGGUCCAGGGUUGGCCUUCAUCGCCUAUCCACGCGCUGUGUCCAUGAUGCCUUUCUCUCCUCUGUGGGCCUGCUGCUUCUUCAUCAUGAUUGUCUUUUUGGGACUGGACAGUCAAUUCGUGUGUGUGGAAAGCCUGGUGACGGCCACGGUGGACAUGUAUCCGUCCACCUUCCGACGCAAACACCGCAGGGAGCUCUUCAUCCUCGCCGUGGCUGUGUUCUCUUUCCUUAUGGGCCUGAUCAUGCUCACUGAGGGAGGAAUGUACAUCUUCCAGCUUUUUGACUAUUACGCAGCCAGCGGGAUGUGUCUACUUUUUGUGGCCAUUUUUGAGACGGUUUGCAUUGCGUGGGUUUACGGUGCAGACAAUUUCUAUGACAACAUAGAGGACAUGAUUGGCUAUCGUCCAGGCCCUGUCAUUAAAUACUGCUGGCUAUUUUUCACUCCUGCAACCUGCUUUGGAACCUUUGCCUUUGCCUUGAUCAAAUACUCGCCUUUAAAAUACAACAAUGAUUACGUGUACCCUUGGUGGGGCUACGGGAUUGGCUGGAUCUUCGCCCUGUCCUCCAUGCUGUGUAUUCCUCUUUGGGUGGCAAUUAAACUAUAUUACACCCCUGGGACACUACGACAGCGCCUCACUCUCCUGACUGCCCCUUCUGACGAUCUCCCCAAGCGCAAACGCGAGCGGGAGAACUUGUCAUCCGAUGGACUCCAUCAGAAGGCGCCUCCGAGCAAGGACGGCUACUCUCUCAUCCACCAACAGGAGUCCCACUGCUAGAGACUACAGGGUCGAAGUUCAGUCUGUGACCCACCCAAACACUUAAUGUCAUACCUCAUCAGGGUUACAGACUCUUGGGAGUCACCUGACUAGUUACUGCUGAUCUGGUGUGCAUGCAUACUUUGAUAUUUAAGCAUCUCAUUGCCAGUGGCAGAGUCACAUUUGGCCGUAAUUAUGACACAAUGUUACAAAAAUGACUGUCUUUGCCCACAUGUAGUCUUCAGAUUCAUAUUUUUACAUAAUAAAUGUUUACACUUGCAUAUGUAUGUUUUAUUGAUGAUUAAUGAUUUUUAUCACUCAUUAAAAGG